AUGGCCACAAUUGGCUCUGAAAUCGAUGUUUCGGCUGUGAAAAUGUGGCCCCUUGAGGGAAAUGCCCGUGCGAUUGAAUACUUCCAGCUGGAGUCAUUCGUAGUUCCAAGGUUGAUGAUCGGGCUGUGGCAGCUAUCAAGUCCAGCAUGGGGCUUCGCCAGUAAAUCGAAGAUGUUGAGCCAAUUCCAGAAACAUGUCGACUCCGGGUUUACUGCAUAUGAUAUGGCUGAUCACUACGGUGAUGCCGAAAUUAUCUUUGCGCAAUUCCGAUCUUCUUAUUCAGGACCAAAAUCCACCUUCUGUGCAACAAAGUACUGCGUUUUUGAACCUAUCAGGGUGACAGAAGAUGGAAUGCGCAAUGCCGUCUCGCAGCGCCUGGCAAAUAUACAGUCGGACAAAAUCGAUUUGCUCCAGUUUCAUUGGCAAGAUUAUAGUAACUCGCAAUAUGUCCGUGCUCUCCAGCUUCUCCAAGACGAUGAGCGCGUUGCUGCACUGGGUCUGUGUAAUUUUGACACGAAGCGAAUGGAAGAGGUUAUCAGUGUUGGUGUGAAGGUCGCGACAAAUCAAGUGCAGUUUUCACUCAUUGAUGCCCGACCAACAUACGCUAUGGCAAAGGCAUGCGAAAGACAUCACAUCAAACUCCUAACCUAUGGGACAUUGUGCGGCGGUUUCCUCUCCGAAAAAUGGAUCGCAAAAGACGAGCCAGAUCCAUUCAGCACAGGCAUGACCCCCAGCCUGCGAAAGACCCUCCUCCGCACCCUCUCAGCAAUCGGGCGCAAACACGAUGUAAGCGUUUCCGCCGUCGCGAUACGGUGGGUGCUAGAUUUCAGUUACGUGGGGGCCGUGAUCGUGGGGGUGCGUAUGGGCGUCAGCGAGCAUACGGAGGAUAACCUGGCAGUGUAUGGGUGGCGGUUGGACGCGGAGGAUACGAAGAUGCUAGAGGAGGUGUUGUGUCAGAGUCGGCGUGGGGAUAUGUUUAGCGAUAUGGGGGAUUGUGGGGCGGAGUAUCGUGGUCCAAUCCUAUACGAACACUCGGAAAAUCCCCAUCUAAGUAAAACAAAACCCCAAGUAAAAGGGAAUAAUGAAUAUACAGGAACCACGACGCGGAACUAUGCGGGUAAAAACUGA